GCACCCCGGAGAGGACCAUGAUGGUGAUGGGCUCCGCCGCGUGGGCAUCACCAUCACCGCCCAGGGUGCUGCGUGUCUCUCUCCUGCUGUUGCUGCUGCUGCUGCUGUUGCUCCCAGGGCUGCCCGCGGGCUCCUGGGACCCUGCUGGUUACCUGCUCUACUGCCCAUGCAUGGGGCGCUUCGGGAACCAGGCUGAUCACUUCUUGGGCUCCCUGGCAUUUGCAAAGCUGUUGAAUCGUACCCUCGCUGUUCCCCCUUGGAUCGAGUAUCAGCAUCACAAGCCGCCAUUCACCAAUCUGCAUGUGCCCUACCAGAAGUACUUCAAGCUGGAGCCUCUCCAGGCCUACCAUCGGGUCAUUAGCCUGGAAGACUUCAUGGAGAAGCUGGCACCCACUUACUGGCCCCCUGAGAGGCGGGUGGCAUACUGCUUUGAGGUGGCAGCCCAGAGAAGCCCUGAUAAGAAAACGUGUCCCAUGAAGGAAGGAAACCCCUUUGGCCCCUUUUGGGAUCAGUUUCAAGUGAGUUUCAACAAGUCGGAGCUUUUUUCAGGCAUUUCCUUCAGCGCCUCCUACAAAGACCAAUGGAUCCAGAGAUUUUCUCCAAAGGAGCAUCCAGUGUUGGCGUUGCCUGGGGCCCCAGCCCAGUUCCCUGUGCUGGAGGAGCACAGAGUCCUCCAGAGAUACAUGGUCUGGUCAGAUGAGAUGGUCAAGAUGGGGGAGGCCCAAAUCCGUGUCCACCUCACACGGCCCUAUGUGGGCAUUCACCUGCGCAUCGGUUCUGACUGGAAGAAUGCAUGUUCCAUGCUGAAGGAUGGCAGCGCCGGCUCCCAUUUCAUGGCAUCGCCACAGUGUGUGGGCUACCACCGCAACACGGCAGCCCCUCUCACCCCGACCAUGUGCCUCCCAGACCUGAAGGAGAUCAAGCGGGCAUUGCAGCUCUGGGUGAAGGCCCUUGGCGCCCAGACAGUCUACAUUGCAACAGAUUCUGAGAGCUACCAGCCCGAGAUCCAGAAGCUCUUCAAAGGGAAGGUGAAAGUGGUGAGCCUGAAGCCGGAGAUGGCUCAAAUGGACCUCUACAUCCUGGGCCAAGCCGACCACUUUAUCGGCAACUGUGUCUCCUCCUUCACUGCCUUCGUGAAGCGGGAGCGGGACCUCCAAGGCAGGCCAUCCUCUUUCUUUGGCAUGGACAGCCCACCACAGCUUCGGGACGAAUUCUGACCCUGACUGCAAUGUACCCUGACCUGGUCUGACCUGGACCGUAUGGUCGGGCCUCCCAGGAUGGAUGGACAGGGGACUCAACUUCUCCCCUGGGCCUGCUGGCACCAGAGCAAGUCACCAAGGAAUACCUGAAGAAGGAAAGUGGGCAUCUCCCAGGGCACAAACAACCAGACUCCUGCAAUCCAAGCAUCUCCUUUUGUCAUGUGCCUCAUGUGCUUCAUGUCUCUCAUGGUUGUUACUCACAGCACAGCAGUUUGGCCUCUGUCUGUCCUAAGAAGCCGGGACACUGAAUUCUCUUCAGAGAGUUUUUAUGUUUAUUCCUAGAGAGAGAGAGA